AUGAAUGAAAACACCUUCACACCAACCCUUCGCUCCUCCCGCAGCUACGACGUGAGAGAGCUCCUCGGCGGGCAACCGAAGCACUGGUGGGACGCCGACCUGCUGGGCUCGAGGGCUUACUUCAACGCCGGUUCGUCGCCCUCGCACCUCCUCCUCGAAGGUCUAGCUCAAAGCGACGCGGGGCUCUACAAGUGCCGCGUGGACUUCCAGAGGGCUCCGACGAGAAAUACCCGAGUCAACCUCACCGUUGUUGUUCCCCCUCGCAACGUCGUUAUGAUAGAGGAGAGCGGGUCAGAGGUCAGGAGCUACAUAGGACCUGUGACCGAGGGAGCUGACCUGCACAUCUCCUGCGAGGCCCUGGGUGUAUGA